AUGAGGAAGUUUGCAUCUAGCCUUUCCGAUGACUUAGCACUUGAGUGUCAAGGGGCAAUGCUUAAUGGGGACAUGGACUUUGCUAGACUGUUUGUCCAUAUGCAGCAAGUAGAGGAGAAGAAGAAAAAAAUUGUUGAAUCUAGAGAGAAAGACAGUCUAGCAAAGUGGGCCAGAACAGCAGACCAGCACCAUAGUCAGCCACAAAGUGUCAACGGCCAGCGCCCCAGCGCCCAGACCACCAACAGACAGAUAAUCUCAGAGUUUUCAGAAUCACCAUGGAUCAAGAGUUAUUUUGAGAGGAGAAAUUGUAAUUCUUAUGGCAAAGUGGGUCACCUUCAGAGAGAUUACCCUUCUGCUGGAGGGAAUGCGGGGGGUGCUAAGUCCCAAGCCACCUCCACGGCUCUUUCCCCUAAGGGUGCCCCUUCAACUGCCAGGAGCGGUCGCAACCGGUUAUACGCUUUGAAUAGUCGCCAGGAGGUGGAAGCUUCACCAAAUGUUGUCACCGGAUGGGCUGGCUCUAUUCGUGUUAUGCCAUACUAG